UUAUUUACCUCCGCCCUUCGAGUGGUGAGGCGGGGCCGCGGCCGGCCCUGCUCGGCUGUCCGCGGGGUCCGGCGCUUCCCUGUCCCGCAGACCAUCACCGCACCGAGCGGCCGGAGGGAGGGGAGGCGAAGAGCAGUGAAGGGAAGGGUAUCAAAGCGCUCUCCGAGCAUCGCUUCCAGACUGGUGAAAGCCAAACCCUUGCUCUGGCGUUUCACACAUAGCUCUGAGCCGUUCCUCCGAGGUUGUCUGGGCACGGAGGUACUGGUUAUGCUUCGACGAGAAUAAGUAGGAUGGAGGCUGUCUGGCUGACAACCAAAUAACUAGUAAAAAGGUAUUAAAUAAAAUAUGCUGUUGUCAAUAGGAAUGCUGAUGUUGUCUGCCACUCAAAUAUACACUAUUUUGACUGUUCAGUUAUUUGCUUUCCUGAAUCUCUUGCCUGUGGAGGCAGAUAUUUUAGCAUAUAACCUUGAAAAUGGAACUCAGACCUUUGAUGAUCUACCUGCUAGAUUUGGCUACAGACUGCCAGCAGAAGGCUUGAAGGGAUUCCUAAUAAAUUCAAAACCAGAGAAUGCAUGUGAGCCUAUAGCCCCACCUCCACUGAGAGACAACUCAUCUGGUGCUUUUAUUGUGUUAAUUCGAAGGCUUGAGUGCAACUUUGAUAUCAAGGUUUUAAAUGCACAGAGAGCUGGAUAUAAGGCAGCUAUAGUUCACAAUGUUGAUUCUGAUGACCUCAUAAGCAUGGGAUCCAACGACAUUGAGAUUUUAAAGAAGAUUGACAUUCCGUCUGUCUUUAUUGGUGAGACUUCAGCUAAUUCUCUUAAAGAAGAAUUUACUUACGAAAAGGGGGGCCAUGUUGUGUUAAUCCCAGAGUUCAGUCUUCCUUUGGAGUACUACUUAAUUCCUUUCCUAAUAAUAGUAGGGAUCUGUCUUAUUCUCAUCGUCAUAUUUAUGAUCACAAAAUUCGUGCAAGACAGACACAGAGCAAGAAGGAAUCGUCUUAGGAAGGAUCAGCUUAAGAAAAUUCCUGUACAUAAAUUUAAGAAAGGAGAUGAAUACGAUGUAUGUGCCAUUUGUCUGGAUGAAUAUGAGGAUGGCGACAAGCUCAGAAUCCUUCCAUGUUCUCACGCGUAUCACUGCAAGUGUGUGGACCCGUGGCUGACAAAAACAAAAAAAACAUGUCCUGUAUGUAAGCAGAAAGUGGUCCCUUCUCAGGGGGACUCUGACUCUGAAACAGACAGUAGUCAAGAAGAGAACGAAGUAUCUGAAAACACCCCUCUGCUUAGACCAUUAGCCUCAGUUAGCACUCAGUCGUUCGGGGCUUUGUCAGAAUCUCAUUCCCAUCAGAACAUGACCGAGUCCUCAGAAUAUGAGGAGGAUGACAAUGACAAUAUCGAUAGCAGUGAUGCAGAAAAUGGAAUAAACGAAGAAAGUGUAGUGGUUCAACUACAGCCCAAUGACGAAAGGGAGUACAGAGUGGCAAAUACUGUUUGAGACCACUAAUGAUGCUUAGUGUAUGAACAAAAGCGUUCUUAAGGCUAUACUUUACAAAUCUUUAAGUAGGGAAUAUAUUUUAAUCUGUAAUCCAUUUGGUUUCUUCAAUAGGAGCAGCAGUUCAUGUAGUAGUACUAUGGUUAAAUCAUUACAGAUAGAUUUAUUUUUGAUUCAGGUAUUCAGUCACACAUUUGUCUUCUCAAAAUGAACAGUUUAACUGGACUUCACAGUGCUAAUGAAUAAUGUUAAUAGUUUAUAUCAAUAGAAAUAUCACACAGACUCUUAAGUGUAUCUUGUUGAAAUGGGAUUUAUCUGGAAGUAAAUUUUUCCAUUUUGUAGCUACAACUGGGUCAUACCGAUAGCAAUAUUUAUUACAUGUAUGGUAUGUGUUAUCCCUUAAGCCCAACAAAAAAUGUAUUUGCAUGUUUGUACAGAGUUUUCCUAAAAACUAUCACCACUACUGAAAGAAAAAUGUAGAACAGAUCAAUAUCCUAUAUGCUGGUGUAUCAAAACAAAGCAGAAAUGCCACUUUUAUCUCAAAGCAGUGAUUCCAAAUAAUCCUUUGGAGUUUGCCACAAGUAGCUGAGUUGAAGCAGUUCCAUUGAGCGGUUCCCAGGACAAGGAAACUUAGAAUAUAUGUUUAGUUUUGAGCAAUUCACAAGGUAAGAUCCACCAUAAACACGUUAAUUAUCCCUACUUGCUACUACAAUGUAGUCUGGUUUCCAGUGACGAUGUGGGAGUUGGGGGGGAGGAGGGAGGAUGACUAGAACAGAGGUUUUGUUCCACAUAGAAAAUUAAUGUUAGGUAAGUAUUCUAUUGAUCCUCAACUCAUAUACCUCUUACUAAAGAGCAUUUUAUGCUGCAUUAGUCUGCUAAACUAUGUAUAUAGAAAAAUUGUUCUUUUCAAAUACCUGAUUUGAAAACAAGUGCUUAUAACUGUUUAACAGAACUCAGUACUUACCGGUGUAUCAUGAAAAAAGUAAAUGCUAUCUAAUACCUCUGUAACUAUGUAGAAAGUAAAAACAUACAUAUAAUCAAAAUGCAGAGAUUUUUUUUUAUAUGGCCUUGAAUAAGGAAAGCUUGAAAGAAUGUUAAUAAACAUGUUUUCCACUUUAAAUAUCAAAAGGAAUUUAUUGAACUUCUGCAUUACUUACAUCCAUCGUGUACUCUUGUACGUUUGUUACUAAGGUUAAAGUAUUGUUAAAGAUACAGAACGUGCAACUGUUCAGAUCCCGUAGUAAACAUUAACCUGCAUGGUGCUUUGUAUCACAGUACAAAGUGCUGUGCUGAUCAAUACUAUAUGCAGGAAGACUAAGUUACGUAGAAAACCUUAAUUUUUGUUCACUUCUAGUUUGAGGGGAAGUUUGGAUCAGUCUAGGUCUGUACAUGUCGUUUGUAUGGGGGAGAGGGAAGGAAGCCCAGAGUGGCAGCACCGCUAGAGCUGCGGCCUGAGCCUGUGCUGGGAGGCAGAAAAGGGCAAUCCUGGGCCGAGGCGAUUACAGGUGAGGCGUUUCCAUUUGUCAUUCCUGACCUCAUCCACAUGCAGCUACACCCAGCAACGCCAGUCCGUUCUCUGGGACUGGCUAAGGGCAGAGAAAGUUUAUUUUCAGGAUGAGGCAUGGUGAAAGGGUAAUAAUGAAAGAAUGAUUCAUCUUAAAAUCACUGCCACCAGCAAUCCAUGGAGUUAAUGACAAACAAUGUGUUAUUAUAUUUUCACCAUGUAAAAGUCCACUUCAACUUGCAUACGUUUAGUUAAGUCCAAAGUGAAAACUGGUUUCUGAAAACUUACUAAGCUGUUUCUUGAAAUAGGUUCCUGCUGUUGCGAUGUUAUGAGUGCAUGUGUUUAUUCGUAACUGUAUUUCAGGCACCCCAAAACACGAAGAGAUCCAGGACCAUGAACUGGAGUAAACUUUGUAACAUAUGUUGUAUGUAAUUCUGGUUGUAGUAUUUGCUGCAAUGACAAAAAGUAAAAUUACACUCUUUUUA